AUGAAAGAAUACACAUCUUACGUAUCCCAGCCGAUCCCAAAGACUAGUAAUACUGUCAGGUCAUGUAAGCCGUUGCGUGUUGUCACCCGCCUAGAAGCCAUACUUGCCGCAAAGAGCAUGGAGGACUGGCGACCCCAUUCGACUUCCUACACUUACGGGUGCAACAUUUGCACGUCAUCUGGCGCCGACAGCCCCAGGUAUCUCUACAUAGGAAUUCUAUCCCCAACUCACCGUAAAUCAACCAGCUCUCAGUGUUCAUACUCUGAAGCAAGCAAGAUAACGUGCUUUCAUCGCUCUCAUACUGGACUCGCUUGA